GCGGUGCGGGCGGGGGAGGCGUGAGGCCGCGUCCCUGCCGGAGAGGCGGGCGCGCCUACUCGGGGCAUUACGGUAGCGCCGCGGCGGGGGCCCGGCGGGGAGCGCGGCCCCGGCCCCGGCCAUGGAGCGGGGGGCUCGGCGCGGCGGCGGGCUCCUGGCGGCGGUGUGGAGGAGGCUGUGGGAGCGCGGCCCCGGGGAUGGCGGCGGCCCGGGGGGCCUGGCCCGGCUCUCCCUUCGCUCUGGGGACGGCGAGGGGGCGGCUGGCUCCGGAGCGCGGAGCAGGAUCCAAGGGACCAGGCCCUUCUCUUUGUCUGCUGCUGCCAGAGCCAUUUUAGGAGUGGGCAGAUGGGGAGACAAUGGUGGGAAGCAGAAGCUCACCCUGCAGGAUGUGGCAGAGCUAAUUCGGAAAAAGGAGUGUCGCCGAGUGGUGGUGAUGGCUGGCGCUGGGAUCAGCACCCCCAGCGGCAUCCCGGAUUUUAGGUCCCCGGGGAGCGGCCUCUACAGUAACCUUGAGCAGUACAACAUCCCUUACCCAGAAGCCAUCUUUGAACUGAUGUAUUUCUUUGUCAACCCUAAGCCCUUUUUCACUUUGGCCAAGGAGCUCUACCCUGGCAACUACAGACCCAACUACGCCCACUAUUUCCUGAGACUCCUGCACGACAAAGGGCUCCUCCUCCGCCUCUAUACCCAGAACAUUGACGGGCUGGAGAGAGUUGCUGGGAUCCCUCCUGAUAAACUGGUGGAAGCCCACGGCACCUUUGCCACUGCCACUUGUACAGUCUGUCGAAGGAAGUUCCCAGGAGAGGACUUCAGGGGGGAUGUCAUGGCAGACAAGGUCCCUCACUGUCCCGUCUGCACUGGAGUCAUCAAGCCUGACAUUGUGUUCUUUGGCGAGGAGCUCCCACAGCGCUUCUUCCUGCAUGUGACAGACUUCCCCAUGGCAGACCUGCUUUUCAUCAUCGGAACAUCCCUGGAGGUGGAGCCCUUUGCCAGCCUGGCAGGAGCUGUUCGCAGCUCCAUUCCCCGAGUCCUGAUCAACCGAGAUCUUGUAGGACCCUUCGCCUGGCAGCAACGCUACAAUGACGUAGCCCAGCUGGGGGACGUGGUCAGUGGGGUCGAGAAGCUGGUGGAGCUGCUGGACUGGAAUGAAGAGAUGCAAACACUAAUUCAGAAGGAAAAAGAAAAGCUGGUUGCAAAAGACAAAUAGGACAGCUGAUGCCCUGCUGCUGAAGAGCGAUGUUCACCUUGAAAGGGAGGUGUCAUGCCCAGCAUGGGCAGAGAAAGAGAUCAUGGUAGGGAGCUGUGGAAGAGUCCGUCCGGAUCUGCAGCAGCAAAUCCACACAGAACUGGCACACUUGGGAGGAGGGGAUGCUGGUGGCUCAGUCCAGCCAGCCUGGAAGCAGAGCAGAGAGGCCCUCACCCACGAAGCUGAAGGGAGUGAAGCCCGCAUGCCAAGCUGCAAAUUGGUUCUGCACAUGAAGGCUUUCCUACCUGAGACUUCAGAACAGUUGACGUAGCCACUGAGCACACUGUUCCCUCCUGUCUUACCUCAUUUCGGCACCCACUAAGAGAGACUUUCCUCUUCCACGGCUCCGGCUGUCACCCCAUCAGCACACCAUGUGAUGAUAUCCAGCCACAAGAGCUUCACCAGUAAGCGGCCGGGAGCUUGUGGGCUCGUACCAGCACAUCAGACAAGCUGUGCAUAUGCAGCUUGUCUGGGUCUCCCUCUUUUGAGCUGUCCAACCUCGGAGACCCUCAGAGGGCCUGGUUUUCAAGGAGCAGGAGUUGAAAACACCAUGAAGGUCAGGCCUUAAGGCAGGACAGUCUGGAGUGAGUCUUCCAGCUCCCCCCACCAGACUGAGCAUCUGCCAACUCCUUUCACAGCUCCUCCUCAGAUACUCUUCUCUUAGUCAUGAUCUUUCAGCUGCUGCAGACUUGUAGUGUUUUAUGUUUCAGAUGAAAUCUCUGCUAAUCAGGGGACAAAUGCUGUCAUGGGGGGGCCUGCCUCCCAUUCCUGUUCAGGAAUGCCAGCUCAAGAUGCUGGAAGAGUUUUGAAUCAGUGUAGUGUUAAUUAUUUAACAAUAAAAAGAGUUCUAAUUCUUUU